CCAUCCUUGCACUUUACGCAAACACCCAGAGAGAGAGAGAGAUGGAUUUCUAUUGUAUGGGACUAUGUCUUCUCUUUUUCUUCUGGAUAUCAAUCCAAUCUUUCAAUUCAUUAGCAAAAAGAAGCAAAUCCAAUCCCAAUUCCACAAGGCCUGUUCUUCCACCGGGGCCGAAGCCAUUUCCCAUCAUUGGAAAUCUCUUAGAGCUUGGAAACAAACCCCAUCUCUCUCUUACUAAGCUCUCCCAAAUCUAUGGCCCCGUAAUCACUUUGCAACUCGGCCAAGUAACAACCGUGGUCGUUUCUUCAUCAACCGCGGCGAAAGAAGUUCUACGAACGCACGACCAAUUGUUAUGCAAUCGAAUGGUCCCCAGUGCUGUUCGAGCCUGCGACAUGGGAGAGCACAACUUGGCCUGGAUACCGGCUUCAGCCAAAUGGAGAAGCCUCCGAAAAAUAUGCAACUCCCAAUUGUUCGCAGUAACAGUUCUCGACGCAAGCAAAGCCAACCGGCACAAAAAAGUCCAGGAGCUCAUAGCUGAUGUCAAUGCAAGUAAGGUAAAGGGCAAGGCAGUAGAGAUUGGCAGGGCUGCUUUUAGUACGACACUGAAUUUGUUAUCGCGUACGAUAUUCUCUAUGGAUUUAGCAGAUCCGAGGAGUGAGACAACUAAAGAGUUUAAGCAGACUGUGUCGGGUUUGUUGGAGGAGGCUGGGAAGCCAAACUUGGGGGACUACUUUCCUGUGCUUGGAAAACUUGACCCCCAAGGCAUUCAGCGGCGGAUGACUAAUCACUUCCUCAAGAUGGAACGACUCUUCGACCAAAUCAUUGCGCAAAGGUUGGAAUCGAGGAAAGCUCACGAUUAUGUCACAAGGGAUGACAUGUUGGAUACCCUUUUAAGCAUCAGUGAAGUGAAUUGUGAGGAAAUGGACAAGAACAAAAUGGAACACCUGUUUCUGGUUAUAUUUGCUGCGGGCACAGAUACAACUUCAUCUACACUGGAAUGGGCAAUGGCUGAGCUACUACGCAACCCGAAAAAACUAUCGAAAGCUCAAGAAGAGCUGGAUCAAGUCAUUGGCAAAGGAAAACUAGUUGAAGAAUCAAGCAUUGCUGGACUCCCUUACUUACAAGCAAUAAUCAAAGAAACCUUCCGGUUGCACCCACCAGCGCCGUUACUACUUCCUCGGAAGGCCGAAGAAGACGUGGAGAUCUGCGGGUACAUAGUACCAAAGGGUGCACAAGUGUUUGUCAAUGCAUGGGCCAUAGGCAGAGACCCUAGCAUUUGGGACAGUCCCAACUCAUUUGAGCCGGAGAGGUUCAUGGGGUCGGAAAUUGAUGUUUUAGGCCGGAACCUCGAGCUUAUUCCUUUUGGUGGCGGGAGGAGAAUAUGUCCCGGGCAGCCGUUGGCAAUGCGGAUGUUACACUUGAUGCUGGGGUCACUUAUUAACUCAUUUGAUUGGAAGCUUGAAGAUGGAGUUGUACCUGAGAAUGACAUGGAGGAGAAGUUUGGGCUCACCUUACAGAUGGUUCAACCUCUAAGAGCUGUUCCCAACUAAAAGAUUAAUAUUGUUGAAACCUAUGUAUUACGAAUGAGAUGUUUUAUAUUUGUAUUUAGAUAUAAGUCCUACGUCGGGUAAGAGUAAGAGUGGGGAGGUUUAAGUUAUAUAAUUGAAACGUGUGGGAUCCUACAAAUAAUUACCUGGAUGGACUCAAUGAGCGAUCAAGAAGGCUCAUGGCCUGGGUUAGUGACCUCCUUUGCACACUAGGACGGGUGCCUACAUCAUAAUUUGUUCGUUGUUUUCUAAUAUAUUAUAUUCAGUGAGAUGGAUGUGAAAGGUAAA